AAAAUGAAUAUACACAUCAAUGCCAAUCAUCUGAAAUAUAUCAGUUUAAUAACCCUAACUCUACAAAAUGCAAUUUUGGGCUUAUCGAUGCGUUAUGCCAGAACGAGACCGGGUGAUAUUUUCCUUAGUUCAACGGCCGUUCUUAUGUCCGAAGUGGUAAAACUAAUAACCUGCCUGAUUUUGGUCUUUAACGAAGAGGGUAAAGAUUUUCAAAAAUUCGUCAAGACAUUACACAAAACCAUCAUUGCCAAUCCCACGGAUACCCUAAAAGUGUGCGUUCCCUCGCUGGUGUAUAUUGUACAAAAUAAUCUGCUCUAUGUAUCGGCAUCACAUUUGGAUGCAGCCACCUAUCAGGUGACAUAUCAAUUGAAAAUCUUGACCACAGCUAUGUUUGCUGUAUUUAUAUUGCGGAAAAAGUUGCUGAGUACUCAAUGGGGUGCAUUGGUUUUGCUACUGAUUGGUGUGGUCAUGGUACAAUUGGCCCAAACCGUAACAGAUGCCUCGGGAGCUGCUGCACAAACCACCAAUGGGGUGGAACAAAACCGCUUCUUGGGCCUAAUGGCUGCAUUGGGUGCCUGUUUCCUUUCCGGUUUUGCUGGUAUCUAUUUUGAGAAAAUUCUCAAAGGUGCCGAUAUCUCGGUGUGGAUGCGUAAUGUCCAGCUGUCGCUGUUAAGUUUACCCUUUGGCACCAUCACCUGUUUUGUCAGUGAUGCUUCGAAAAUAUUCGAACAUGGCUUCUUUUUCGGCUACGAUCUGUUCAUAUGGUAUUUGGUUUUGCUGCAGGCCGGUGGUGGCCUAAUUGUGGCUGUUGUUGUAAAAUAUGCCGAUAAUAUACUCAAAGGUUUUGCCACCUCGCUGGCCAUUAUCAUCUCGUGUGUGGCCUCAAUUUAUAUUUUCGAUUUUAAUUUAACAUUUAAAUUUGCUUUUGGUGCUGCUUUGGUAAUUGUUUCGAUAUUCCUGUAUGGCUAUGAUCCCAACAAAAAGAUAGUGGGUGCGGCGGCGGGUCCCAUUAAAGUGGUAACAAAUAGCAGUGCUGGUACUCUGCGUCCCGAUGAAGAGAAAUUGUUGCCUUAA